AUGGACUGCUGGUCUUUUGCAGUUGAUUUACGGGACAGGUCGCGAGUCGCGGGGAGGGAAACCGCGAAAGGAGGCUACGUGGGAAGCGCAGACCGGGAAACCGAGCCCCGAGAGCCGGCUGACCCACCCGCGCGCCGCCCCGCCCGCGCCCACGAGCCGCGCCGUGCCCAGGCGUGCCCGCCCUGCCCCCGCCGCGGGCGGUCCCCGCUCCAGCCGCCCGCCCGCCCUCCCGCCAUCCGGCCGGCCCCCCUCCCGGGCGCCGUGCCCGUCCCCAAGGCGGCUCGUCACCGCCGCGAGGCCAAUGGGCUGGGCCGCGCGGCCGCGCGCACUCGCACCCGCUCGCUCCGAGUCCCUCCCGCGCUCUCCCCGGCGCUGCUCUCCGGCCCUCGCCCAGCCCGCCGCCGCCGCCGCCGUCGGAGCCGCCAUGCAGCCCCCGCGCGCCUCGUUCCUCCCGCUGCUGCUGCUGCUGCUCGCGGCGCCCGGCUCCGCGCUGCCUCCUCGGUCCGGCCGCUCGGCGCCCGGCGCCGCCGGGUGUCCGGAGCGCUGCGAGCCCUCGCGCUGCACAGCGGCCCCAGUGACGUGCGGGACUUUCAGGCUGAUUUCAGACUUAAGCCGGCUGCCUUGGCCACAAGCGAUGCCUUUCUCCUGCUGGGAGAAAGUAGUCAAAGUUCAGUGGAAGAGGAGGAAGCACUGUGUUUCUCCGCUGUCCUGGCUCCUUUCAGUGCAGCCUGCCUGCUGCUCUUUCUCCCCCUCCGCUGGGCUGGACUUCUCCUCUGCCUUCAAGGGCAGGAAGAUCCGAACAGUUUGCGCCAUAAAUACAACUUUAUUGCCGACGUGGUGGAGAAGAUUGCUCCUGCCGUGGUUCACAUCGAACUGUUUCGCAAGCUCCCUUUUUCUAAGAGGGAGGUGCCGGUGGCCAGUGGGUCUGGGUUUAUCGUGUCUGAAGAUGGACUGAUUGUAACAAAUGCCCACGUGGUGACCAACAAGCAUCGGGUCAAAGUUGAGCUGAAGAACGGUGCCACCUAUGAAGCCAAAAUCAAAGAUGUGGAUGAGAAGGCAGACAUUGCACUGAUCAAAAUUGACCACCAGGGAAAGCUGCCCGUGCUACUGCUUGGCCGCUCCUCCGAGCUGCGGCCGGGAGAGUUCGUGGUCGCCAUCGGAAGCCCGUUUUCCCUUCAAAACACAGUCACCACUGGGAUUGUCAGCACCACCCAGCGCGGCGGCAAAGAGCUGGGGCUCCGGAACUCGGACAUGGACUACAUCCAGACUGAUGCCAUCAUCAAUUAUGGAAACUCUGGAGGCCCAUUAGUAAACCUGGACGGUGAAGUGAUUGGAAUUAACACACUGAAAGUGACCGCUGGAAUCUCCUUUGCGAUCCCAUCUGAUAAGAUUAAAAAGUUCCUAACGGAAUCCCACGACCGACAAGCCAAAGGCAAAGCCAUCACCAAGAAGAAGUAUAUUGGCAUCCGAAUGAUGUCUCUCACAUCCAGCAAAGCCAAAGAGCUGAAGGACCGCCACCGAGACUUCCCAGAUGUGCUUUCAGGAGCGUAUAUCAUUGAAGUAAUUCCUGACACCCCCGCAGAAGCGGGUGGGCUCAAGGAAAAUGAUGUCAUAAUCAGCAUCAAUGGACAGUCGGUGGUCUCUGCCAAUGACGUCAGUGACGUCAUUAAGAAGGAAAGCACCCUCAACAUGGUUGUCCGCAGGGGCAAUGAAGACAUUAUGAUCACCGUGAUUCCCGAAGAAAUUGACCCGUAGGCAGAGGCAUGAGCUGGACUUCAUGUUUCCCUCAAAGACUCUCCAGGGGACGCUGCACGAUGACUCUGGGCUGGUGGCACCGGGUGCCCAAGACUUUUGACCGCCAUGUUGCUUGUUCAGCAGAAACACUCUGGCCAACGAAUCCUUCUUGAUAGUUCGCAGGCAAAGCAAAUGUAAUGUUGUAGCCCCGCAGACAGAAGCUCGCCCUUCUGUAUCCUAUGUACGCAGUGUGCUUUUUCUUGCCAGCUUGGACUGUUCCUGCUUGGACAGUCAGCAUUUGUCUCCUUUAACUGAGUCGUCAUCUUAGUCCAACUAAGGCUGUUGCUAUAACGUGUAGAUGAGAGGACGGUCCCAUGGGAGCCAG